GUUGUGCUGAUUCAGCGCUCCAAUGGUGUCUUAUGAGAAUAUGACUGAGCGUCAACGCUUUUGGUUUGACUUUGCCCAGGAAGGUGGUAAAGUGCUCUUUGUGAAAGACAGUGACUUAGACGAGGCUGGAGCACAGGCGGUUGCUGAGGUACUCAAACUGAACCAGACAAAAGCGCCUUGGGUCUCUCUGGAGUGUAAUCACAUUGGCGAUGCCAUAGCGCAGACGCUGGCUGAGGGACUCAAAGUGAACACGUCGCUGCCUCAGUUCUACUUGAGCCACAAUGAGAUUGGCAAUGCUGGAGCACAGGCGAUUGCAGAAGCUCUCAAAGUCAACACGACAUUGGAUUUUCUCGGUUUGGACUCGAAUCAGAUUGACGACUUAGGAGCAUUUUUCAUUGCUGAAGCACUCAAAGUAAACAAGACGCUGACUUACCUUCGUUUGGACAACAACCUCCUGACCAACGUUGGAAUCAAAAUACUCAAUCAAACAGGCAAUUCCAUUUGUAAACUAGUGGGUCUUGACAACCAACGUGUUCCGUCGCUUGCCGAACUGAAUCAGAUUGUAGCUCGUGCUGCAGCAGGCGUUAUACAUAUCGCCGAUAUUCAGCAAUUGCGUUACGAUCACGCUGCCAAAGCUCAGCAAUGGCGCUCGGAGCUCUCUGUGAAAGAUCAGGAGCUGCAACAGCUUCGCUCCGAGCUUGUGACCAGGAAUCAUGAACUAAAAUCAGCUCAUGAGCGGAUUGACGCGCUUGAGCGCAACCAUCCGAACUCUGGCCACCCCAUCCCUCAGAUUCCGUUGUCAACUCUCGUCACCGCCACCAACAGUUUUGCUGACUCUCUGCUCGGCGAAGGAGCAUUUGGUCGCGUGUACGCCGCCAGUCUGGAUGGAUCACGCGUCGCCAUCAAGAAGCUGUCCGCCGAAACGAUCGAAAGCUAUGCCACUUUUCUAGCAGAACUAUCUGCUCUCGCUCGAUUCCGUCACCGAAAUAUCAUUACCAUUCUAUUCUAUGCCGAAGCGCACGGUGAAUAUUGCUUGGUGUACGAGUUUAUGCAAAACGGUUCUGUGCGCGACCGCUUGGAUUGCAAGAAGGACACCCCUCCGCUGACUUGGUCUCAGCGCCAUCGCAUUGCCGUGGAUGUCUCGCGUGGCAUGAACUACGUCCAGACAGUCUUCGCACCUGAUCAUGUUUUGUUCCAUCUUGAUCUCAAGACGGACAAUGUGCUUUUGGGCGAGUUCUUCAAUGCAAAGGUGUCUGAUUUUGGGCUUGUUCGUGUUGCCCAACGCCUUGAUGAGAAAAGCUACCUUCGCACCCAGAACCUUCAAGGUACAACGGCUUACGUGUGUCCCGACUUCCGCGAAGGUCGCAUGACCAUUAAGACAGACGUGUAUGCAUUCGGCAUGAUUCUGCUGGAAUUGUUGACUGCAAUGAAACCAAGCAACCGCCUGAAAGCAGAGACGCGGAAAGCUGUCAAAAACAAGAACAUUUAUGACAUGCUGGACGCGGCGCUCGCUUCAACCCAAGAGCGCCAAAGCGCCAGCAAGAUGGUCACUCUUGCCCUCGAGUGUCUUGACGACGACACUGACGAUCGCCCAACGUUUGGACACCUCCUUGCCACAUUGGAUCGUUUUUGACAUGCCGAAGAUGUUGUAUUGGUGUUUCAGAACUGUAUCAGGGUUCAGCAUGUCGAUAUCUUUUGAAUGAGGAUGAGUCUAUUCUCUCCCGCUCGACAAGAUGUUCCUGCAGAUGUUGUAACAUUUGCUUCCUGGAUUGUUCGUUUCGCAAUUGGUUCUUGCUCUCAUCACUGUUCUCUUUUGUUGUUGUUGCUGUUGUUGCUGUUGUUUUGUUGUUGUUUGGUUGUUCGUUCAUUUCCCUCAUUUCCACUUUGUUAUCCA